AUGCGACCAGUUCCCGACCUGUCAGCCUUCUCCCGUAAACCCUCCGCAGACCCUCCACCCUCGUGCUCGUCGUUAGAUACCCGCACUGCCGCCCCCGCAACCUUCUUCCUAUCUCGCAGCCCGCAUGCCUCCGAUACAGAACGCAGCCCCUCUCCAGAUGCAGUCGGCGAUCCCAAAGAAAGCAUGUACGGCGUGCACAGUCUAGCAGAGACGCUAUCUCGAUCGGAGCUUAGAACCUCCUCGUCUCGGGAGUUCCACACAGAUAGUAGUCAACGGACACGGAGCUCGUCGCGGGGAUCUGACAGUAUGGGAGAGUCACGUUGCUCACGACGCCGGUCUACAAUCAGGCCCUUUUCGGAGGAUACUCGAGAGUCAUCCCUACAGCCACCUUCCUCGGACACGGUCUCCCGCCCGUUGACUCCAUUUCACCCCGACGAUCCAUCGUCGCUGCCCAGCAGCCCAAAGUCUAUCUCCAACCAGUCUCUCCGACCGCUGGAUGAUAUCUCGAUCACCGAUGAAAUUAACAGCCAAGCAAUCGGGUCAGGUGAUGAAGAAGAGAGACCUCGGCCUUCCCCUCGCUUGGGGUUCUCCGGAGCUUCGCAGUUUAUUAUGCCCAGCAUCAAGAUGCCAAGUCGACGGCCAUUUACAGAGCGGGGAAAAGCGAUGGGUAGAUUCAAAGUGCUUGUAGCUGGAGCGCCAGGUGAGUUCUUUUUGGCUGGAAGCGAAGGUCCACUCCGGUUAACGCAGUAUUUGAAUCUCGCAGGAACUGGAAAAACCUCCUUGAUAAAAGCCAUUGUCCAAACAUGCGAAGAUAUCGUUCACGUUGACUCUAUCGACUCGCUCUCCAUGACUGCACUAGAGCGGCGCCGUUCCUCGCGACCCCACUCCGGGCCCGUCCCCACUCGCGGGAUGCCCACCGCUACAACCGAGAUCUACGCUAGCACCAAGCCGUACCCUUCAUGGUGGUCGGACCUGGAGGACUCGCGUGUGCUCCGACGGCGCAAAAGCAUAGGUGAAAUCGUGCUGGAGCGGAAUCUGUGCUUUGUGGAUACACCGGCUACCUCUUUGAGUCGUGCAGGACAGACCGAUUCCGUUGUGCAGUAUAUGCGACAGCAACUGCAGAGGGCGACUGCCGCGGUUGCAGGAUCAGGUGUAGAUUUUCAAAAUCUGCUCGCUGGAAACGGUGGUACCCAGGUAGAUGCAAUAUUAUAUCUGAUAUCUCAUGAUACAUUGCCAACGGACGUAGAAUGUAUUCGCAAGCUCUGCGAGCUAAGCAAUGUCAUCCCACUCGUCGCCAAAGCAGACACCCUCUCCCCCGAGAAUAUCACAUCCCUCAAAGACCGAUUCCAUCAACAAGCGCAAGAUGCCGGCAUCAAGCCAUUCAUGUUCGGCGACUCGCUAGCCGGGAUGCUAGAUGACCAAAACCCGCAACCUCCGUACGCCGUGUCAUCCGAGAAAACCACCGAUCUGGAGGUCAUGGAUGCUAGCACCCUCAUGAGUCCAGACUACGAACAGCCUCUCGUUCCAUCAGAGCUGGACAUACUCGUACAGAAACUAUUCGACCGAGAUAAUCUCGCCUGGCUGCGGCAUUCAGCUGCUAAAAAGCUCGUCCAACGGUGCGGUGAUUUACCUGCUGUAUCGUUGUCAUCAACCCCAGCUCCCAAUGCACUUUCUGGUGCUACCUCGCCAGGCGUAGGAUGGAGAACUACAUUGGGGGCAUCCAUGAACUCGUCCAUCUCUUCUCUCGGUGAAUCACCGCCUACCUAUACCCUAGCUCGUCUCGCAGACUAUACACGACAUGAAGAGCGCAUGGCCCAAGUACGACUCGCACAAUGGGCGACAGACCUCCAACGAAGCCUCCAAAAUGAGCGGGAGCGAUACGCGGCACUGGCACGAGGUGAUCGCGCCGUAUGGCUAACGGAGCGACUCAGCGAGUGCGUGGUAGAUGGCUCGUUAGUGCCUAUCUCACAGACGCCCGGUUUCUGUGGGCUACACGUUCCAGCCAACGACAAGAAUGGCAGUGGGUUGAACAUGAUGCGAGCUUGUGCAGGUCCUAGCAAGGAAUACCGCGUCGCCAGCCUGAGUCCGCACGACCCACUAGGUGUUGUGGGAUGGAUCGACGAUAUCGGACGACGGGGCUGGAUUAUUGUCCAGAUAGUGGGCAGCGUCGGGGUUGUUGGUGGUCUCGCAUUGUGGGUAGCUCGGUCUUGGGGGCUUCCAACGCGAAGUCUUUCAGACAUGCAGUUUGAUCACUGGUACGGGACUCUUGAGCAUUGA